GCUAUUAUACAGUAAUCCCUAAAGUAUUCUAUAUAAAUAGCAUACGCUUUAGCAUUCUUACUCACUACAGCACUCUCUAAAACUUGCUCAAGUUCUAGUCUCAACUCUGUAAUAUUCCCUUUCGUUAUGGCUUGCUCUAGGGCUUUUAUUCUACUCUGCGUGGUGGUGGUGUCCAUGGUGGCACUGUUGUUAGGCGGAGCCAAAGCAACCAUAACCUGCAGUCAGGUGGUGAACGGGCUGACGCCGUGCAUUCCCUACUUGGAAAAAGGUGGGACACCUGCCUCAGGUUGCUGCAGCGGGAUCAAGACCCUCUACAGCACGGCACACACCACCGCUGACCUCCAGGGCGUUUGUAACUGUUUGAAAGAAAAAUUCAGCGGUAUUCACUACAGCAGCAAUAACGUCCGCUUUGCUGCUGGGCUUCCUGCCAAGUGCGGGAUCAAAAUUCCGUACAAGAUCAGCCCCUCCACCAACUGCAAAAGCAUCAAGUAAGAGCUAGGGUUUCUGAAGACGCACCAUCUGCUUAAUUUCCUCUAUGUAUAAUAAAUGGGUGGUGUACGGGGUCACUAUUCUGAUGAUGGUUUCAGCAGAACGUGUUACUCUAGUAGUUAAAUUAGGUUCCAGACCAAAAAAAAAAAGUUGAUUAGUUCGUGUUAUCUACUUUGUUGUACUUUGCUUUCUGUACUAAUUUCUUGGUUGGACACUUGGACUAUGUAAUAUUUUACAAUCUAUCGUCUCCUCUUAUAGAAAGAGGGAUCGGCUCUAAUAAAUUCAAUUUCAUUUUCUUUAA